UGUUCCUUCGCCGGCAGACGUGGAAAUCCGCGCUGGCGACAUUCCCCACGGCCUCAGGGAAAGCCGUGCCUCCGCGUUCGCACCAAUCGCGGCCGUCCUUUCACUGUCGGAAUUCGAAGCUCGCGCUAAAAAGGCCGAUUACCUGUAUCCUAUUCCCUUUCGACUGGCUGCAACGGUCGAGGGCCGCCCGCAACGACAACUUGCCGCGAAAUCGACACGACACGUCUCGCCGAAGGCCUACCUGUUUCUCUCUCUCGUCGCGGAAGAUCGGCCGAAGACCGGGCCAGAACGGAACCGCGAACCGCGAAACGGAGUGAUUCUCGCGAAAGUCAAGCCGAGCCGAGCUUUCACGUGCAUAAAAUCCGCUCUCGCGUUAGCUAUCGGCACGCACGUCGCGAAACAGCAGGCGCAUAACUUCGCGCGAACAGCCGCCGUUAAUUCGUGAGAUUAAUCUGCUAUCGGGCUGAUAAAUAAGGAAACAUGUUAACGUGUUACAUGACUGCGUUGCAGUGCGAGUGGAUCGAGAGCCGUAGGCGACUGAAUUUCGGCGCGCCGCAGUCGCAAUUCAAGAACAAUGUCAACGUCGAGGGCGCUACUCACAAGCAGGUGGUGGAUCUCAUCAAGUCGGGCGGCGACGUCCUCACCUUGACCGUCAUCUCCGUGACGCCGCAAGAAGCGGAGAGGCUGGAACCCUGCGAUGACAUGAGCAACUAUGCUUCAGUGGACUACAGCGAGAAGCGGUCUCUGCCCAUCAGCGUGCCGGAUUAUCACGUCCGCGAGAGAAAACACGAGCGUUAUGUAGUCUUCAACGUCCACAUGGCGGGCAGGCACUUGUGCUCGCGCCGAUACCGGGAAUUCGCGGCGUUGCACAUGGCACUGAAGAAGGAAUUCAUAGGCUUCAAUUUCCCGAAGCUACCAGGAAAAUGGCCAUUCCAACUAAGCGAGCAACAGCUCGACACGAGAAGACGCGGCCUGGAGCAAUACCUGGAGAAGGUCUGUGCGGUGCGCGUGAUAGCGGAAAGCGACGCCAUGCAAGAAUUCCUGACCGACAGACUGGAGGAGGACGAUCAAGGACCGGCGGUGGAUCUUAAGAUUCUCCUGCCGGAUCGCGAAGUCGUCACUGUCACGGUCCUCAAGGCGGCAUCGGUGAAGGAUGUCUACGACGCGGUUUGCUGCCGAGUCGGGCUGGACUCGGAAACCGCCAAGUACUUCUAUCUCUUCGAGAUUGUGGAAUACAAUUUCGAGCGGAAGCUGCAGCCGCAUGAGCACCCACACACUAUAUACAUUCAGAAUUACUCGACUGCCAGUGCGACGUGUUUGGCGAUAAGGAGGUGGCUCUUCAAUGUAAAUAGGCCUCUGAGCGAGCAGGCGUUAACUUGGAUAUUCUGGCAGACGGUCGACGAAGUCAAUAGAGGUCACAUUACCGCCGGUGAAAGAUUGUAUCAGUUGAAAGCUCUGCAGGACGCGUCCAGGAAGCACGAGUAUUUAAAGCUGGCGAGGGAACUGAACGGAUACGGCGACAUCGUGUUCCCGCAUUGCACGUGCGAUUCGAGGAAAGAGGGUCACGUGGUGGCGGCGGUGGGCAUGGCGGCAUUUAAAUUGCACGCCGCGAAGGAGGACGGCACGUUGGAGUCGCAGGUAGUAGAGUUCCAAUGGAACACCAUCACUCGGUGGGAGGUGGACGAGGACGGGAUGGCGUUCUCUUUCCAAUACACCCGCCAAGAGAAUCGUCCACCGCGUUGGCUCAAAGUGUUCACUCCUUACUAUAUGUUCCUCUCGAAUUGCUUCGAUCGAAUAGCCGAGGAAGCAAAAUGGGACGACCCAGGAGAAUGACGUAAUGUCCGACGCUAAGUGGCACCCGGUGUAUGACGUUGAGGAUGUUUCCAAACGAAUAUCCCCGUAUUCGUCUUCGUAGUCGAAAUUUUUUACUAGAGUUAGCCACUAGACCGACACGAGAGUCAACGUAGCACUUGUAGCAUAUCAGAUUUUCUAUCUGUUGGCUUCGCGGAACGUUACGUUAAGGAACACGUUAGCAACGUUACAGUGGUAGGAGUGUCUGUAAACACGUUGGCGUCGCUGGAGGUCGGUGAAGUACUCAUAAGAGCGAAAGCACGGAAAAAGCGAAAGAAAUAUGGAGACUCGACAUAUAUAUCAACGAAUGUGACACGAAAACGUUCGCAAAAUGCGAGUUAGCGAAAAUGAGAGAGAGAGAGAGAGAGAGAGAGAGAGAGAGAGAGAGAGAGAGAGAGAGAGAACAGAUGUGAUGUAUAAAUUUAGAUCGAAUUUAUCAUAUGCCAUGCUCGUCCAUGACCCGCUGAGAUCUGCUGUGACUUGGUUUGACCGAGUGUAUAGAGAAAUAAAUUUCAAUUUCACGCAAAGAAAAAUACAGUUUUAACACUGUUCUGUUUCGUUGAUGAAAUGUGCGUCACUUCUUCGUUUCUUCACGAAAGGGAACGAAAAUUAGGAGCGCGUAUAACGCGUACAGCGCGCGCUAAGACGUAAGGCCUAUAUUAAUAGUAGUUAUUCGAAAUUUACCUCAAGUGAAGAUAUUUUCAUUUGAGUUCUGAGUUAAAUGUGAGUCUUUUCAGUGGAAUCGCGACUGCAAAUAUAAUAACACGUAUAUCACGUGACUCAACUGAAAAACGUGAAAAAUUGAAAUUUAACUCCUAAGGUCCAUAUUAAUAGUAAUUAUUUGAAAUUCGUCUCAAGUGAAAUAUUCAGAUUUAAAUUCAAAUUUAAAUGAGAAUUAAAUGAGAAUUUUUUAAUUUAAUCACUAUAACAAAUUAAGACUUGUAUUAAUUGCCGUUAAAUUGCCUUUAAAUUUAUCUUAAGUGAGACACUCAGCUAUAAAGAAUUAGAUAGGAACUUUCCAGCUGAAUCACGAUGACAAAUACGGGGUGUAUUUACCGUAACAGUAUCCACUAUAUUUUUACCAGUUACAUUUAUCGGACAGAAAACAGUUCUAGAUGCAAUUAAUUAUUAAGAUGUAACAAAAACUUAAAAAAUCAUUAUUUUUUCAUAAAAUAUCAAGAUCAUCUUCACUUUUUUCAAAAAAAUCAUAUUUUUUUAUUGUAGUGUUGUAAAAAAAGUUAAAAUAAAUUCAAUAAUAACUCAUAAUAUUAUUUUUAUUGCUAUUUCAUAGCAAAAAAGAGCGCAACAAAAUAAUAAUGUAGAAUUUCAAUAACAUAUAACACAAGCAAACAUACAGAAAUUUAAAUCAAAGUAUCCUAUUGAUAUGACAUAUAAAACUCUGUUACAAAAGGCAGAGUUUUGUGUUGCAGAAAAUAAAUUACAUUUCGAAUAUGUUCUGAGCACCUAACAUUCUUCGUUAUAUUGUAUUCCAAACGUUAUCUUCUGUUUGUAUUUUUACUGUUAAAUGUUAAUAAAAAUAACAUUGUGAGUUACUAGUGAAUUUGUUUUCAUCCUUUUUACUAUAAAAAAAAUAUCUUUCCAUUAAAAAAAAAAAUUAAAAUAACCUAAUUAUUAAUAACCUAAUAACCUAAUAAUUGUUUUACGAAAAGAAAACAUUCGAAAAUUUUAUUAUUGCAUCUUAUUUAAAAACUAAUGAAUUUUAUCUAAAACUUUUUCCUGCCCAAUUAUCAUAAUUGAUAAAAAAAAUAACGAAUAUCCUUACGAUGAAUACUCUGUAUAAUGUCACGAAUAUUAAAUGACUAUUUGAUAUUAAAUUUGCCUUAAGUGAGACACUCAGCUAUAAAUUUAGAAUUAGCUAUAAAUUUAGAAUUAGACGAAUAUUAAAUGAGAUUUGACUAAAAAAUUCAAAUCUAGUUCUAAGUUCUGAUCUGAGUAUCUCACAUGAGACAAGUUUCAACGACUAAUAAUAUGGACCUCUAUGUCAUAUAUACCGUAAGUGUCAACUGAAACAUCUGACUGUGAAUACAAAUUCGAGUAUUUCACAUGAGAUAAGUUAUAGAUAACAACUAUUAAUUAAAGUCUUAACUCGAGAUUCGUAUUAGUUAUUACUACCUGAAACUCGUUUCUAGUGAGAUACUCAGACUUGAAUUCAGAGUCAGAUGAAAGUUUUUCAGAUUAAUCGCAAUUACAGAUAUAAAUAUCACAUAUAUUGCUCGUCUGAAAAGCUUGUAUCUAAUUAUGAACAAAAACCACUUGAGACAAGUUUCAAUUUGUCAAACUCAAGGUGACAACUAUUAAUACGGAUCCGUGCAUCCCACGCGAGACGAGUUUCAAGUAACAACUAUUGAUACGGGCCAAGGGAGUUAAGUAAGUAUAGAGGCGCGGGCUAUUAUUACGGAGAGGCACGGUCACCUGUCUAUAGAAACCACCUAUCCUUUGGCCUAUAAGUUCUGCAUAGCGUAUAAUUCUGUCAUCAGAGCGAAAUAAUCGAUUGGAUUACGUAAACGUUCCUCCUCGUUCGCCUAAUAGACCUUAAACUUCCCUUCGUUCCUCGAUUUGCGUGAGUGGUACCGAUCAAGCGAGCGAAUCACGAGGCGAAUUAUGCGCCGCGAUAUGGACUGUUUAAUAUGCAGUGUAUUUCGCAAAUGCAGCGUGGGCUCAUCGACUCGAUACGCAGGGUACUUUGAUGCGAGAGACCUUAUCCUCGCGUAUUUAUAAAUUAGUCUGUCCAGCUCCAAAGGAUAUCAGUAGCAACGGCAACGUUCGUUUCAUCGCUCCGCGGUAAGCUCUAUUUGUAUAUCUCGAUAUUCAAAGCUUUCAAGAAAGCGAGGAAUUCGUGAAUCCUCGACAAUUGGAUACAUAUCACAGUUGGUUCAUCGAUUUGACCUCGAUGUAAACGCGAUUGCGGGUAUCGCUUUCUCUGUAUUUAAAUCGCCCUGUGUAACGAGUAGUUCCGAAAACACACUUAACUUGUCAUUGGAAAGAUGGAAUCUGGUGAUUUUUCUUCUUUUCUUUUUGUUUUGUACUUUUAUAAUUUUUUUUUUAUUUUGUAUUUUUAUAAUUUUUUAAACCUUGUGAUAUCUUUCAUGAUUCUGUGAAAUACUGAGAUUUAAUAACAGAGAGCUAACAGAAAAAAUCUUAAGAUAUAAAUUAUUAGUAAUUUAUUCAAAGAUUAAAAAGAAAGAGAUGAAAUACGUAGGGUCUGUCAGACCUCAUUUUUCGACGACGAGUUAAAAUGUGACGUCUACAAUGCGUUCGCACGUUUUACAAUCGUAGCACUACUCUCUUAAAGUGAAUCAGUGAAACAUUAUUGAAAGCAGUCAAUAUACACUAAAUUUAUAAAAGAAAAGGAAGAAACCUGUAAGAACCAGGCACAAAUGUUGUAGUGCUAUUUAUAUGAGAAAAAAUAUAAUUACAAUAUAUACGUUUCGAUCCGAUUUGGGUCUUCUUCAGUAAAAUAUAUAGAAAGUAAUACUAGUCAAUUAAACAAAGGUUAAGUACAAAACAACAAACGCAAUCAAUUAACGCACGCAUAUACAAAAAGUUCGCAGGCAACGGAUCAAUAUUAAUGUCAAAAAUAAAAAGGAUCAAUAUUAAUGUCAAAAAUAAAAUGGAUUAAUAUUAAUAUCAAAUAUAAAAGUUCCCUUCCUCCAAAGUUAACGUGAUGUAUCUUUGAUCACUAACAACGCUUAAAGACGAUGCAAUGUAGACUAAGGUGCAAAAAAGUUACCCCAAAAUGCCAACGAGUAGAAAGAUCAAAAUUUUUUUUCAUUUUUUUCUUCUUUAUUUGAAUCUGAAUAAUAAAGGAGAAAAAGUAAAAAAACUAACUAAGCACCGCAAUAUACGAAAAGAGAUAUCCUUUAUAAAUUGUAGUAAUUUAAAUGCCGUUAGACAUAAGAAAUUAUAUGUUUACUUGAUUUUUAAACCGUCGUUGUUGAUCUGACAAUGUCGGAGCGAAUACUCUGAAGUGAUAUAAUCAAACCCGUGUUGUAACACUGAAAAUCUCUAAUAAGAGUUCGCGAAGUCAGGGAAAAACGCAAGAUACAUAACAUUAAAAUUUAAAUUUAUUAAGAAUAUCCGAGUACCGCUGACCAGAAGACUCUUUGUUAAUUUGAUUUUUAAAAUCUUUUUCCUUUUGUUUCUAUAUAUAUAAAAUUUCUGAAAUCAAACGUUUAAAAUAGGAAAAUUCAAUAUCAAGAAUUUCUACGUUAUCCCAAUCAAAAUCAUGAUUGUAGCAAUUUGGUGUGCUUUGACUACCUGAAGUAAUGGUGAGUUAUUCAUUAGUGGCCUAGGGUGUUCGGAAAUUCUUGUCUUUAAAAGUAUGCUAGUUUGAUCCACGUAUGAUAUAUCGCAAAAUAUAUACAAUUUAACUUGUAGACAACAUUAUUUUGCAUCGUCUUUUGCAGAGAAUUCUUGUGCAUUUUGAUAAAAUGAUAAAGUUUAACUAGAGCUUUAAAGGCUAAUUUUAUAUUUUCAGUAUUAAUCAAAGAUUUAAAAUUUUCAGAAAUUCCACCUAAAUAGGGAAUGAUGAAGAAAGAGAGUUUAUGAUUGUUAUAGUCUCCACUAUUAGUCUCUAAAAUAUCGGAAACUUUUUUGAAAAGAAAAGUAAGACCGCGUUAACUUUGGAUGCACACAAGGAUGCACGGCGUUAACUUUGGAGAAGGGGUGCUUUUAUAUUUUUGACAUUAAUAUUGAUCCAUUGCCAGCGAACUUUUUGUAUAUGCGUGCGUUAAUUGAUUGCGUGUUUUGUUUUGUACUUAACCUCUGUAUAAUUGCCUGGUAUUACUUUCUAUAUAUUUUACUAAAGAGGACCCAAAUCGAAACGUAUAUAUUGUAAUUAUAUUCUUUCUCAUAUAAAAAACACGACAACAUCUGUGCCUGAUUCUUAUAGAUUCCUUUCUUUUCUUUUUUAAACUGAUUUAUCUUAGAGCCGAUUUUCUCUUUAACUUGUUACUGUUUAUUUAUUGUUUGUCACGUGAGCGACAGAAUGCGUGUUUUCAUCCCACGUUUCCUUUCUUUUUUCAAUUUUAUCUAUUUCCUGUUUGAUCCUUCCACUCAUACAAUCUUAAAUUAUUGGUCAAUUUGCAAAUAAGGUUGACAAAAACUAGAAUUCAUUUACGUUUUUUAAAGAAAUGUUUAAUACAUGACACUAUUCCUCCACAUUUGCGUUUUUGACACGUUCAGAUUUGAUAUUCUUUAAUGAUUGUUCAACUAGAAGACUCCAUAUAUUGAAUCGCAAUUUUGUCUUCAAAGUUUUAAAAACAGAAAUAACAAACGGUUAUAAAUUGUUAGAACAUCUGUGUAUUAGCUCCCGUAACCUUUUAUGUAAACUUUAAAUAUCUCUACCGCUUUACAUCAGGAAAGAAUUUUGUUAUUCAGUCUGCUUGUUUGACUUGAAUCUACAAUACUGAAGUGACUAGAUUACAUAAAAAAUUUGAAAAUUUACUCAUGCUUGAACGCAAUCAUAAUUUUAAUAGAUAGAUAAUGUCUUUAUUGAUCCCCAACGGGGUUACAAUUCUCUACUCAUCUUACAACUCUUCCUUCCUACCCGCCACACACACACACACACUUCUCCCUAUUUGUCCUUUCCACCAUCUUCUUAUAUCUUAAAACUACUUAUAACUAUCUUAAUCUUAACUUAUCCACUAAACGCCUUAUACUACGCGUCCCGUGCCCACCCACUUCCGUUCGGUCCUUCCGUUUCCCCUCUCUCUCUCUCUCCCUCUCCCCCUUUCCUCCUCUCUCCCUUCUUCUUUCUCUUUCUCCCCUUUUCCUCCUUCCCUUUUUCACUCCCACCCUCUCUCUCUCUUUACCACUCUGUCCCACUCCCCACCCCUCAAUCCACAUCACCCACCCCUGCUCUUGCCCUCUCUAACCUCUUUAUCCACUCCUCCCCCUCACCCUCCUCUCCCAAUAUGUUCUGUAUCACCUCUUGUGAACUAAUCAUCUCUUCCUCUCCCUCAUCCCACACUGCUUCCACAUGUUCCCAUAUUAACUUAUCAUAUAACCAUAUUCUCCUUUUCCAAUCUCUCCACCAAAUUCUUUUCCCAAUUCCCCAUAUUUCCCUCAUUACCAGUGCUGCUUUUUUCGUCCUUUCCCUUAUAUGUGCUUCUUGCCCUCCAUUCCUUUGCAUCGUGUAACCCAAGUAUCUAUACUCUUUUACUUCCUCCAGUCUUUUCCCCUUCCUCCUCCCUCCACCUUUCCCAAAUCUCAAUACUUUUGUUUCUUCCGUGUUAACUUCCAACCCCUUCCUCUCCACGUAUCUCUCCAUUCUUGCUAACACUUUUCCUCCAUCAUCCGCGUAAGGCAGUGAGUACGUUUUUUUCCUCCCAAUCUUACACCUCCCCAUCCCCUCUUAAUCAAAUCCUCCUCCAAGUCUGCUAUUAAAAUAUUAAAUAGAAUCGGGGCUCAAGGAACACCCUUGUCCUAGCCCCCUCUCCAUCCAAAACUCUUCUCCAACCCUCUCCUCCACUUUCACUCUGCUUUUUGUUUCCCACAACAUCUCCACUCUUAGUAUUAAACCCUUCCUCACUCCUCGCCCCCUCAUCGCCCUUAUCAACUCUCUCCUGUCCACCGAGUCGAACGCCGCCUUAAAAUCUAUAAACACCACUAUAAUCUUAUCUCCUUUCUUCCUCAAUUGUCUAUUUGUCAAGUAAUUUAAAACACAUAUCAAAUCCAUCGUCCCCAUUCCUCUUCUAAAACCUGCCUACCCUUCCGAUAAUAAAUCCUUUCUCUCCACUUCCCCCCUUAACCUCUCCGCCAAUACUGCCGCAUAGAUUUUAUAUAAUGAUGGCAUCACCGUUAUUCCCUUGUAUUCUUCUACUUUGUCCCCUGUUUCUUUCUUCACUACUGGAACUAUAAUACCUUCCUUCCAUUCCUCCGGCCAACUUUCUCCCUUCCAUACCCUCCCACAUAUUUCACAUGCCCAUUUUACCAUUUCCUCUUCUGCAUAUUUCCAUACUUUAUUCGGAAUCUUAUCUAUUCCCAUUGCUUUCUCUGCUUUCAGAUUCUUUAUCACCCUCUUCACCUCCUCCCAUUUCAGAUCCACUUCCUCCCCCUCCUCUCUCGCUCUUACACUCCCUGUCACCCCUCUCUCCUCCUCUCUCCCUCCACACCUCCCAUUAAUUUCAUAAAAUGAUCUGAUGAGGACAUCGUGAUUUGAUUAGUAACAAUUCCGCGAAUCUUAUUAAACGUUUUUUAAGUAAUUCUACUCGUUAUUCUGAGACACAUAAUACCAUUAUUAAAUAUUACUACUUUAUGAAAAGGUUUGUUAAACAAAACUCUGAUAUUAUUUUUACCAGAGCGGACAAAGGAAAUAUUACCGUUGCCUUGAAUAAAGAGGUUUACCUAGAAAAAAUGAUGCUACUUCUUAAUGACAACAACUUACAUUAGAGUUGACCACGAUCCUACUGACAAAUUGACAAAUGAUCUGCACAAUAUUUUUACUAGAUGGAAAUCCAUGUCGUUUAUUAAAACUUCUACGUAUAAAUCUUUAAAUUGCACUAAUGGCGUUUUAUGGAUUACCCAAAAUCCAUAAAUCCGAAUCCAUAAUCCAUAAUCCGAAUUGUCCAUUACGUAUCAUUAUCUCUUCCAUUAAUAGUCCGUUGUAUUAGUAGUCUAUCGUUAUUUUUACAUGAAAUUAUUUAUAAAAGUAUUCCACCGCCUGAUUGAAGAAUUCUUAACAGCUUAGAAUUUAUUUCCAAAUUUUCAGUCAGUUAAGAUUGAAACACAUUAUAAUCUAUUCUCUUUGGAUGCUGUCUCAUUGUUUACAAACAUACCUACAAACUUGGCUAUUGUGGGUCUUAGACAUCGUUGGGCUUUUAUUGAGAAAUAUAUAAAAAUUCCGAGAGAGUUCUGCGGUUUCGUUUGUUCUGAAUUCUACAUUUUUUAAAUUUAAUUACACAAUUUUUAAGUAAACUUUCGGUAGUCCUAUGGGGUCUCCAUUGCUUUUUAUCGUUGCAGACAUAGUCUUGCAUGAUUUGGAGAUCAAGGCACUUAAUAGGAUUCCUAUAUCCCUUCCGUUUCUCACCAGAUACGUUCAUGAUAUCUGUUUGGUUUCUCCUCCUCAAUUCAUUGAGUCAAUUCUAGACAUUUUUAAUUCUUAUCAUCAAAGGUUACAAUUUACUGUGGAAAAAUCAACCAAUGGUUGCCUCAGUUUUUUAGACAUUACGAUGACUAUUUCUAAUGGAGGUUUGACAUUUGACUAAUUCCAUAAAUCAACUUUUUCAGAGAGAUUCCUCAAUUUUCACUUAUUCCAUUCUUUAUGUCAUAAGAUAGGCAUCAUUUACGGUUUAAUUGAUAGAGCCUUUCUUUUGAGCCACCCUAAGCACCACGGUAAGAAUAUUAAGUUUGUCAUUAAUACUUUAUUAAAUAAUGGCUAUUUGUUAGAUAGCUUAGUUAGAUAGAUUUGCUAUUUAAGUCUGUUAAACGCUGUCUUCCUCUUACUACUACUACUAAAAAAGUACUCUACUUAGUCUACUUAGUCUAAGUCGUCUACUUUUCAAAAAAGUUUCCGAUAUUUUAGGGACUAAUAGUGGAGAUUAUAACAAUCAUAAACUCUUUCUUCAUCAUUCCCUAUUUAGGUGGAAUUUCUGAAAAUUUUAAAUCUUUGAUUGAUACUGAAAAUAUAAAAUUAGCCUUUAAAGGCCUAGUUAAACUUUAUUAUUUUAUCAAAGUGCAUAAGGAUUCUCUGCAGAAGACGAUGCAAAAUAAUGUCUACAAGUUAAAUUGUAUAUAUUUUGCGAUAUGUCAUACGUGGAUCAAACUAGCAUAUUUUUAAAGAUAAGAAUUUCCGAACACCGUAGGCCACUAGUGAAUAACUCACCAUUACUUUCAAUAGACAAAGCACACCAAAUUGAUUACAAUCAUGAUUUUGAUUGGAAUAACGUAGAAAUUCUUGAUAUUGAAUUUUCCUAUUUUAAACGUUUGAUUUCAGAAAUUUUAUAUAUAUAUAUAGAAAUAAAAGGAAAAAGAUUUUAAAAAUCAAAUUAACACAGAGUCUUUUGGUCAGCGGUACUCGGAUAUUCUUAAUAAAUUUAAAUUUUAAUAUUAUGUAUUAUGCGUUUUUCCCUGACUUCGCGAACUCUUAUUAGAAAUUUUCAGUGUUACAACACGGGUUUGAUUAUAUCACUUCAGAGUAUUCGCUCCGACAUUGUCAGAUCAACAACGACGGUUUAAAAAUCAAGUAAACAUAUAAUUUCUUAUGUCUAACGGCAUUUAAAUUACUACAAUUUAUAAAGGAUAUCUCUCUUCGUAUAUUGCGGUGCUUAGUUAGUUUUUUUACUUUUUCUCCUUUAUUAUUCAGAUUCAAAUAAAGAACAAAAAAAUGAAAAAAAAAUUUUGAUUUUUCUACUCGUUGGCAUUUUGGGGUAACUUUUUUGCACCUUAGUCUACACUGCAUCAUCUUUAAGCGUUGUUAGUGAUCAAGGAUGCAUCAUGUGGAGGAGGGGAACUUUUAUAUUUCACAUUAAUAUUAAUCCAUUUUAUUUUUGACAUUAAUAUUAAUUUGUUGCCAGCGAACUUUUUGUAUAUACGUGCGUUAAUUGAUUGCGUUUGUUGUUUUGUACUUAACCUUUAUAUAAUUGACUAGUAUUACUUUCUAUAUAUUUUAUUCAAGAGGACCCAAAUCGGAUUGAAAUGUAUAUAUUGUAAUUAUAUUUUUUCUCAUAUAAAUAGCACUACAACAUCUGUGUCUGGCUCUUAUAGGAGCGCCUUUCUUUUUUUUUAAACUGAUUUAUCUUAGAGCCGAAUUUCUCUUUAACUUAUUAUUUGUUAACUUGUUUAUUUAAUAUACACUAAUUUGUAAUGAAUAUACACUGAUUCGCAAUUAUAGUAUACUACUGAAAUUAUUCAGUUAUAUUUAUAACUGAUAUUAGUGACUAUUUAAUUUAUUUUAAGAUAAUAAAUUAUGAAUCGAUUAUGUAUCCGUUUCCUUCGCGUAAAUUCGUGAGAAAUGAAAGUUUCAUUAGUGAGUUCAAUGAAAUUUUUCAUUUUUUAUGAGUUUACACGAAGGAACUGAGCACAUAGUCGAUUCGUAGACUAGUGCUAUGACUUUAAGACGUGCGAUCGCAUUAUAUACAAUCUUUUACGACGUUCGCACAUGGAUUGCCGUAACUGUAGAUGUAAAGUGUAAACUUAAGCUAAAAGUCUAAUUGAGAUAUUACUUUCGGAUUUUUUUAAUUAAAAAAAGAUCAACGUUAUUGUAUAAGUUCGACCUGAGUAACUAGGAUUUUAAUCAAAUGAAUCUUAGCUAU